CUUAAAUAUCUCCCCCUGAAAAACUACUAUGACUCUAAAUUGAUUGCAGACACCUGCGCGUGUUGAUCAGCGGCGGCACGUGCGUGAUCCCGUCGUCCUCGAGCUCUCAGCGGACAGUCUGCGUUUUGACUGGUUUCGUUGUUUAUGAUGGCAAAACAAACGCUGAUGUCAGCCACCCUGCGUUACGUCCACACCGUCCUGCUGCUGCUGCUGCUCGCUCGCGGCUGGCCGCUCGCCGGCGGCUCCGCCGGCUCCUCGAGCGCGCCGCACGCCCUGGGCAGCGUCCCGUACCCGUACGGCAGCAUCUUCUCCCCGCUGCUCAAAGCGCUGUCGGAGCACGGGGGGUCGAGGUGGAACCCGGGCCUGAAGAGGAAGAUGAAGCCCGAACACAAGUACAUGAAAUACCUGACGGAGGUUUACAAGACGUCCUCCCGAGUGCAGAGGAGUGUGGACGGGAAUCAGAUCUACAACACAGUGCGGCUGAUCAAGCCUCAAGAAGAAUGUCCUGUAGAAAGUUAUAAAGAAAGUUUUAUGCAGGAUCUUUCCUACAGCCUUGAUCAAGUACGAAGAAAAGAGCAGCUCCUGAAGUCUGCCCUGUUGUACCAUUUUGAUCACGACCACACACCACGCGGGAGCUUCAUGUGCCACCUGAGCAUCAAGGAGCAGGAGCGGUCCAAUCAGUGUCAGCUAUGUCCUGGGGUCAACCACACCGUGAACUUCACAGCCAGCGCUGAGAGGAGGAGCAGGAGGAACUGGGUGGAGGUGGACGUCACCUCGCUUCUCCAUCACCUUUUCAAGUUCCAGAAGAACAACAUACACCUGCUCAUCAACGUGACCUGCCCAGAGGAACAAGGAGCCGGAGGAGAGUGGCAGCGGGGGCCGGUGGAGUCCAGCCUCAGGUCCCCUCCUCUGCUGCUCUAUCUCAGUGACACCAACAAAAUCGCCCACCAGAGUUCACCCCCCGGCGCCAAAGCAAGUCGCGAGUCAUUCACCGCGGCUAACGCUUUUCACAAGCAAAUGGUGUUCAAGGCGGAGAAGAGGUUCGGCCGCAAGGGGAGGUGGAAAAGGGAAUCUCAGAAGAGCAAGCGAGGCGAUAAAGGCCUGGAUAUCCACCUGCCCGAGCUGCUCCCGAGCUCUGAAUUCCCCACCAGCGACUGUGCCUUGUAUGAUUUCAGGGUGCGAUUCAGCCAACUCAAACUCGAUCACUGGAUUGUUUUUCCACCAAAGUACAACCCCAGGUACUGCCGCGGCAUUUGCCCGAGGACCAUGGGCUCCAUCUAUGGUUCUCCUGUCCACACCAUGGUGCAAAACAUCAUCUACGAGAUGCUUGACUCUUCUGUGCCCAGGCCGUCAUGCAUUCCCUCCCAUUACAGCCCCUUGAGUGUCAUGAUCUUUGAGGAGGACGGCUCUUACGUCUACAAGGAGUUUGAAGACAUGGUCGCAACCAGGUGCACGUGUCGCUAAGGCAGCUGCCAACAUGUCUGGUUUCUCCCUCUACAGGCUGAAGAGAACAUCGCCACAAUGCCAACAGUCACCACAGGUGGAUUCUGAGUGUCUCCUCAUUAUCAAAGUAAACAUUCUGUCCACACGCAGUGAUUUCAUGAAUUCAUAAAAUUGUGCAUGGCCUGGAGCAGGUGUGUUUACUUAAAGUAUUUUAUGCUAAUGAAAUGUGACAUUAAUUUCCUUUUUGUUAAGGUGAGACAAGAAUAGGUGCAAAUGGAUCCUGUUCCUCAGCUUACUGUUUGAACGUAGUACUGAAUCUAACACACUUGAAGAAAUGUGUGAUAUAUAAUUUGUAUCAUUUAUUUUAAGUUA